CCGGGACACUCCAACCCCGAAAGUCUGGGAUGUCCUGUCUUGUGUUCCCAGCGGAGCCCGAAUGGCAUGAAGGGCAGUGGAGGAGGAAGUUGAGCCAAGUCAGGAGAGGCGGGGAGGGAGGAGGUGGCCUGGGGAGGAGAGAAUGCUGCUUGGGGACCCCAGGGUUCCUGUGCCUGCGCUCCGAGAACCUCCUGGUCUUUGCCCUGGGCAUCACGGUCCUGGGUGUGUGCCACUACACGCUCACUGUCAAGGGCAGCCACCUGGCUACUCACGGCGCCCUCACCGAGUCUAAACGCUGGAGCAAGAUCUGGAUGCUUUUCUUUGUGGAGGUUUGCACAUCCUUCACUGCAGAGUACGCCAAGUAUGGACACGUCAAGAUGCAUCAUGCCUACACCAACGUGCUGGGCCUGGGGGACUCCAGCACGUGGCGGCUGCCUUGCCUCAACCGCUAUGUCUACAUGUUCCUCGCGCCUCUCCUGAUCCCCGUCUUAACCCCGCUGGUGGCUGUUGAGCGGCUGAGAGAGGUGGAGCUCAAGACGGCUCUGCGGACCCUGGGCCUGAUUUCCCUGGGCCUUUACUCUCACUACUGGGUCCUUCUCAACGUGUCUGGCUUCCAGAGCCCCGGCUCGGCCCUGGCCUGCAUGCUCAUCACCAGAUCCCUGCUGGCCCACCCUUACCUCCACGUCAACAUCUUCCAGCACAUCGGGCUGCCCAUGUUCUCCCGGGACAAAAAGCCCCGACGGAUUCACAUGAUGAGCCUGGGGGUGCUUAACCUGCCCCGGCUGCCAGUGCUGGACUGGGCGUUCGGCCACUCCCUCAUCAGCUGCCAUGUGGAGCAUCACCUCUUCCCCCGGCUGUCUGACAACAUGUGCUUGAAGGUGAAGCCCGUGGUGUCCCAGUUCCUCCACGAGAAGCAGCUGCCGUACAACGAGGACUCCUACCUGGCUCGCUUCCGGCUGUUCCUCCAUCGCUACGAAGAGUUUCUGGUGCAGACGCCUCCCAUCACAGAGCUGGUGGGGCUGCAAUGAGGGGGUGGGCCCGAGAGUCACCCCACUCUCCCCCCCGCCCCCAGCCCAGCCCCGGCUCUCCUGCUUCUGCUGGCCAUCCCUGCGGCCAGGAGGGCGAGGGCCCUUGCCCAGUGGGUGUGGCUCUGUUGCUGGUGAUGCACCCAGAGUGUGGAGGCACUGGGCUGGUAGGAGCUCGCGCUGGGGGUCCUGGGGGUCAGCUGUCUUGCUUGCUUUUCUGGGUUUUGAGGAAUAUCUGGAGGAAAGGAAUAAAGGUUAAUCUGGCAUUCUGGUUAAUCUGGAUCUCAGCCAGCUUCAUCUCGGGACUGAGCUUCCCUGCUCUCUGCCUGAGCCUUGGUAGGACUAAGGAGGUAGGGGGUGGGGUUAAGGAGAGGCCAGAGGUAGGGGCAGGCUGGGAGGGGGCAUGGAGAGAGAGGGGUCAGGCCCCUGGCUGGGGCCUCCCUGCUGCCAGCAAGCCCCACACUUGGCCACUGCUUCUUCCUGUGCCCUUUGAGGUUCUGGCUGCUAAGGACCCCUCUUCCCAGGGACCACUGAGAGCAGUUACCUUUGGCAGGUCUUCCUUAUUUUGCAGCCAGGAAGCCUGUUCAAGACACUGGCUCAGCAGCUCCCAAGACCCACAGCAUCUGUGAGAUCAAAGCGUGUGUUUUGUGGGGAGGGCCCUCCAGGGGAAGGCAGGGGAGAAAGGGUAUAAAUAGCUUUGAACAUGACCUUGGCCAUCUCCAGAAGUCUGCUUUGUUCCGUAAUGUUUACAAGGGGUGGAAGAAUCCUCAGUUGAGAGGGAGAGAUGCCUGGGAGGGUAGCAAGGGCAGAGAGGGGGUUGUGGGAAUAGGUCUGGAGGUCAGAUGACCUUAGGAGAGGAAAGAGCAGAAGGAGGGUGCGGUAAGGAUAUAAGAGCUGGAAGUCGGAGUUCCUGUCGUGGCGCAGUGUUAACGAAUCCGACUAGGAACCAUGAGGUUGCGGGUUCGAUCCCUGGCCUUGCUAAGUGGGUUAAGAAUCCGGUGUUGCUGUGAUCUGUGGUGUAGGUCACAGACGUGGCUUGGAUCCUGCAUUGCAGUGGCUGUGGCAUAGGCUGGCAGCUGUAGCUCCAAUUUGACCCCUAGCCUGGGAACUUCCAGAUGCCGUGGGAGCGGCCCUAGAAAAGGCAAAAAGACAAAAAAAAAAAAAAAAAAAAAAAAAAAAAAAGCUGGAAGUCAAGGCUAAGUGUCUGUGAAAGGGUGGUCUGCAGCCUGGGAGCGAGGUGGGAAUAUAAGGGAGCCACUGAUGCCAGCCAGAGGAAGAGGCCGAGAACCAGGGACACCAUUGAGAUUCAGCCCAAAGUGGGCAGACUUGGGAGGGGGCUGGAGGCUGUGCUGGCUGGAGGCUGAGGGAGAAACAGAGACGGGGGACCAGAGCAGCUGGUUUAAAACCUUGGCACUAUAUGGAGUUUCUGUUGUGGCGUAGCAGAAAUGAAUUCGACUAGGAACCAUGAGGUUGCAGGUUCGAUCCCUGGCCUCACUCACUGGGUUAAGGAUCUGGCGUUGCCGUGAGCUGUGGUGUAGGUUGCAGAUGCAGUUCGGAUCUGGCGUUGCUGUGGCUGUGGUGUAGGCCGGCAGCUGUAGCUCAGAUUCGACCCCUAGCCUGGGACUCUCCAUAGGCCACAGGUGCAGCCCUAAAAAAAAGAAAAGAAAAAGCUUGGCAUUAUGGCAUUUUGGCCAGAUACUUCUUUGUCUGGAGAGCCUGUCCUGUGCACUGUAGGAUGUUUAGCAGUGUCACUAGCUUCUAUCCACUAGGUUCCCGGAGCCCAAGUUGUGACAAUCAAAAAUGUCUGCAGACAUUUCCAGAUGUCUCCUGGGGGGCAAAAAUCAUCUCUGGUUGAGGACGUGCAAGUCUGUUCUGAGCACAUAAUCACCUUGUUCUUCAGUGAUGAGCAGCCCACCCCUGAUGAUGGGAAGGCUCAAUGCCCAAACAGGAUGGGCGGAGGGCUCGGACGGCAGGUGAAGGCACUCUCUUGAGCCUGGUCCUGUAGGACGACCCAUCUCUAAUGGGGCCUUAGGUGGCUCUAAUGGCAAACAGCAAGCUGCCGUUUGCCCCUCUAGAUCCACUUCCCUCUCCUCCACCCUGCCUUCCUCUCCCAAAGACACAGCUCCUGUCUCUGGCGCCCUUUUCUAUAGCCACAGCUCUCACUGUGUCCCAAACAGCUCCCUCUUCUGCUCCCCAGGGUUGGGGGCUGUAGUGGCUUCCACCUGUUGCUAGCCUGGGGGUGCUUCGAGAUCCCCUUAAUCCUGCUACACCUCUGCACAAAAUUCCUCCAUUAAACUCUCUUCACAGCCCUUUUGAGCCUUCCAUCUGUUUCCUGCUGGGAGGCUGACUGAUAGAGCAGAGUUUUGGAUCCAAGCAGCUGUCUUGGAACGAGGUGGACUUGGCAUCCUCUCAAGCCUACUGCUUUGCUAUACGUUAUUGCUACUCUUUUGAAAUGCAUUAGUGACUCAGAAAUGGCCUUAAGGUCUGGGAAUGCGAUUAAUCAAACUGCUGAUUCUCCAGGUGAAAAAUGCAGUGUCACAAAAGGCCCCAUUGCACAGUCCUGGCUAAUGAUUAAAACCAUCCUAAUACACGA